UCACCAGGCACGACAGUGGGCUCCGAGUCAACUGGCAUGACCGCUGGCACUGGGUCAGACAUUGUAUCGUCUGGCUGGACAGCGGGCAUCGGGUCACCAGGCAUCAGGUCAUUUGGCUCGACAGCGGGCACCGCGUCAUCUGGCAAGGCAGUGGGCUCCGAGUCAACUGGUAUGACCGCGGGCACUGGGUCAGACAUUGGAUCGUCUGACUGGACAGCGGGCAUCGGGUCACCAGGCAUCAAGUCAUUUGGCUCGACAGUGAGCACCGCGUCAUCUAGCAAGGCAGUGGGCUCCGAGUCAACUGGCAUGACCGCGGGCACUGGGGCAGACAUUGAAUCGUCUGGCCGGACAGCGGGCAUCAGGUCACCAGGCAUCAGGUCAUUUGGCUCGACAGCGGGCACCGCGUCAUCAGGUACGACAGCGGGCUCUGAGUCAAUUGGCACGAUAGCGGGCACCGGAUCAGGUACCGGAUCAUCUGGAUCAACAGCGGGC